AUGUCUGCAACGGCUGAGCCGACUACGGGCGGCUCCAGCUUCUACCUCGGCACGAACCCGUCGCCGCAGGCGUUCGCCAAGUAUGCCAAGAAGCACAACAUCUUUCUUCAUCCGGAUGUGGCGUUUCUGGUCCCAACCAAGACAAUGGGCAUGGGCUUGUUUGCCGCCCGCCCGCUUCACGCCGGCACCGUGGUGAUUAGCUGUCCCGAGACCUCCGGGGUGUCCCCAUAUAUGAAGGAAGUGGCCACCUCGCCGUGUGUGGCCGCCCUGCAUGCAAGUCCAGCUGCUAUGGAGGAUGCAGCACUUUUUGAUGCCCUGGUGCUCAUGGCGGAGCUAGCCCGAGAAAACUCGCUGUGGCGACCGUGGCUGGAGGUCUGCCCACGCAUGGCACAUCACUUCUUCGACCUAUCCUCCGCUCAAGCGGCUGUGCUAGGUGUGGAGAGUGUGGUGGAGGGCUGGAAGGGCGCUAAUUUGGAGGCUUCUCGCGCAGUCCCGGACACCACCGUCGUUGCCUCAGCCACGUUGGGGUUGGCUGGUGUCACUGGUGUGGCACAGGCACUUGGUGAGCUGCGCGUGAUGCAACGAUGGACCACUGCUCAGGCUAUCAUGGCAGCCUUCCCGGAUAUAUGGCCCGCCCACAAAGUCUCCUUCGGGCUCUUUUCCGAGGCGCUCUCGCAGGUGCUCUCCCGCAACUUUCACCGCGAGGAGCUUCCUGGGCGAGAAGGCCCCUACCUUCUGCCCGGCCUCGACAUCUUAAACCAUUCCUUUGCCGCCAACACCGCCUUCGAAGUCCGCGGCGGUGGCCGCAAACACGCCACCGCCUUUACCGUUGUCACCACUCGCGCGGUGCAGAAGGGCGAGCAGGUGUAUGGCUGCUACGGCCGCAUCGGGGCUGCACGUUUUGCCGUCGAGUUUCAGUUUGUGACCAAAGCGGUGCUGCGAAACGACCUAGUGCGCUGCUCGGCCGCGUCGCUUGCUACGGUGGCGACGGUACGGCAAUACUGGAAGGCCGCAAGGGAGACCCCUGGGUGCACCGUGGACUCGUCGGCGAUUACCGCGUACCUGCAGCGUUGCUCCGAUGGCGCUGCAUUGGCGACAGGAACAGAGACAGUGACGUGGAAGCAGGCCUUUUUUGGCGGCGACUCCGCGGCAGACGUCGAGACGCAUCGCAAGGAGAUGGAGCGGCGAGUCGAGCGACUGCAGCGUCUGGGUAUCUUGUACGACGAGGGGCUUUACCUUGUGCGGCCAUACGCGACGUGGGAAGCGGAAGAGGCUGCUGAGCCGGCGCCCACCUUUCGUUGGAGUACGCCGACGGCGCACGAGGAGGAGAUUGCUGAGAACCGCCGCGUGCUGGCUGCCACAGUGUAUCUCCUCACUGCCACCAAGAGCGUGUACGACGAUGUCUAUCACCGCGUCACCGCCGACUGGGAGCCACCGGAGUCAGCUCAGAUCUCCGCUGCGGUGCGAGACUUUUUGCACAUCCGAAUUGUUGCGGCGCAGUUGCAGCACGAUGCAGCGUGUGAUGUCUUUGGUGACUCUUCUCGCGAUGUGGUGCGCCGCCAGCUCGUGCAGGACGUGCUGGUCUCUGAGAUGGAGACUUUGCGCUACUACGCUAACCUCUUUGACUGA